CGAUAAUGCAAUUCUAUUCCAGUGGCAUUCCUGUUACCGCUUCACUAGUGGUAUCGGCCAGGUAUCGGCCGUGACUCGCGGAUGACAAGACAGAAUCGAGCGAAGGAGAUGAUUGCAUUGCACCGCUUACCGCAUAACUUCUGCCCAGCCAGCGCGCACUACCAAAUAACGUGUCUGCUUUUCCCACGAACCACUUCUCCAUAGACAUCGCAGUGACCGUUAUUCUUGCCUGCUUGCCGGUGGCCGUAAGAAUUCAGCAACCCAGUUUGAAAAUGCGCCUCCUACGGAAGAGGAGCGGACAUUCGACGACGCUCCGCCAGGGGACGCUCGUGGCGGCUCCUUCCUCCUCGCGGCCGGGUGGCGGCGUCGCCUCGUGUGAUGUCGCGUGCGCGCGUCGCAUGCGUGGCGCCCGCUUGCCGGCGCGCAUGACGGCUGCUGCCGUGCUCCAGUGAGCGCGCACUACGCCCGGCCACGGAGCAGCGAUCCCGGCGGCCUGCCCAGCCCGGCGACUGGAGGAAGCAAUGGCGUUGCCAGCCUUGGCCCUUGUGCUGCUGGUGGCGACCUGCACCGGUGCCGAGGCGUGCGGCGAGACGCGCGACGGCGCCGACAAGGGCAUCGUGCGGCCGCCUCGCCCACUCCGGGCCAGUGACCGGCUCAACUGCACGUGGGUGCUGCGCGCUACCCCGGGAUUGCGACUGUUGGUGCGCUUGGACAGCGUGCAGCUACCGUCGGCGGCGCUGAGGAGCGCCGCGUUGCGCCUCAGCGUCGACGGCCGCGUGAGCGAGAUCACGCGCGACUGCGUCAACUGCCUCGACGCCACGCUAGCCGGGGAGACAGUGGAGGUCCACUUCGUCUCCAGACACAUCCUCGUUUCGCGGCGCAGUCCCCUGGCCGACGGUUCGGAGCCGGGCAGCUUCCAGCUCCGCUACCGAGCCUUCGACCCCAACCAGUGCGAGCGGCCGCGGCCCCCGAGCCAGGGCUACGUGGUGGGCCGCGACUGGCGGCUGGGCCGCGAGGUGCGCUUUGCGUGCAACCCGCCGCUGGACCCGUUGGGCCACGCGACCGUGGCGCGCUGCGAACCGGGCGGCGACGGCGUGCCCCGCUGGAGCCGCGCCGCGCCCCGCUGCGCGGCCAGCGACUGCCGCCGAGGCCCCGUGCGGCGCGACGCCGGUGCCGGCGCCAUCGCGAGCCCCGGUUACCUGGAGAGGAGGCUGCCGGCCAACCGCCGCUGCGAGUGGCACAUCAGCGCGCCGCCCGGCCACCAGGUGUGGGCGACCUUCACGCAGCUGCGCCUGCCAGGUGCCACGGGUGGCGACGGGCCGCAGCUGUACCUGUUCGACGGCGACGAGUCGACGCCGCUGGCCAACAUGAGCGGCGUGCAGCUGAAGCCGCCGCCGCUGAAUGUGACGAGCGUGUCGAACCGGCUUAUCGUGUUGCUGCUGACGAGCGCACGGCCCGCCGACGACGCCGUAGUGUACAUGGAGUACGCGGCUCGGCCGGCCGCUUGCCCGGAGCCCGCAGAGCCCGCGAGCGGCACGCUGGUGGCCCACAGCCUGGGCGUGGGCUCGCGCGUCGCCUACCGCUGCGACAGCGGACACGCCAUGGUCGGCGAACCGGCCGCCGAGUGCCUGCCGUCCGGCGAGUGGAGCGCCUCGCCGCCGCAGUGCGUGCCGCAGGAGGAGCCAGCCGACGACCAACAGGACGUCUCGGAGGACGCGCACGUGGCCGCGCCGGCCCACGACGACCUGGCCGUUCCCCUGGGUGGACCGCGUGGAUUCACCGUGUCUCCGGCGACCACCACUGACCUCGCUGCCACAGUGAUCAACGAGGAGGAGCCUGUGACAACCGCUGUGACGACGUUGCCGCCGCUGUUGCCCACCACUGCUGUGCCGCCGUCUUCCGAGGAGGCGCUCGACCCGCUCCCGCAGAGCAGCAAGCUGGACCGGGAUCGCUGGAAGCCAUACGAGCAGGACAUCAACCGGGCUGCAGUACUGGCGAAGGGGCCUCCGCGCAAGCCUUCGGCACACAUGGAUCCAUGGCGGGCCUCUGACCACGCCGCCGUAUUGGUUGGAGAAGAGCUCCUUCCACACGGCACCGAGCCCGGUGACGUCGCAACCUCCGGCGUCGAUAACGACCUGGACAUCCCGGAUCGAGGUGGUAGCGAUGGCCUGGAGGAUGGUCUUACGGUAACCAUGGUAGCUGUCAUCGUCGCCGUCACUGCCCCUCUUGCAAUCGCUCUACUGCUGCUAAUCGUGCUCGUGGCCUACCGGCGCCGCUAUCCUGUACGCAUGAUCUUCGGCCGCAAGUUUUCUACUUUUGAGAACCCGGCCUACGUACGCAAGGACGCCCAGAACCCCCGGGAAUUGACCCGGCUUUCGAUAGCUGACCGAGACCGCUUCUGAAGCGGAGAAACUGCCCGGCAGUCGAGUAGUUGUUGCGAGGCAAAGCGAAAUGGCCACGCGGAUCCUGCAACGCAAAAUGAUAGGACGAAGCAACGAAAUGGUUAUGGCCGUUCUGCUCAUAAACGGCAGAUGACGUUUUUCUUGAAUGUGGUGCUGCUUUUUUGUCGCCUCGGGACGUCUCGUGCUCACUAGAUUUUUCAAAGGCGACAUUUUAGCCCUUCCGCCGUCGGAAAAGGCCCCCUGGUCUUUUGGCAUUACCUUUGAAUUCAACGCUCCUUGGCCUGGUGACAACCCGGUGUGUCCAGCGAUUGCCAUGUUUAACUGACGAUCGGUCUGUGACUGGGAAAACAUUUUUUCUACUGCCGUUGACCAGCGGACUGUUGUAGCGUGUGUGGCGCUGGAAUGUGUUGCAUAAGUGACUACAGGGACGGCUCGUGUUUGAGCUGCCUCCACGUAUUCUCGUCGUAGGCUGCUUUCUGCGGUGUCGCUUCGUACCUUCUGGUGGAAUGCUCCACAAGACUGUCGAGGUGGCGUAAAGGUGAUGUGAUCCGGGGAUUGUGGACCUUAGCGUGCGAAAGGCUUUCAAAGGCCUGCACAUGAGCGACGGUAUCAUCAAGACUGCGAAACGCCCAGCUGCUGCAUUGUGUGUGUUCGAAACUUCUUGAGCUCCGCCUUCGCCUACUAUGCGUGUUUGAUGAUUUUUUCUUUGAACAUACUAGUAUUCACAGGAGUCAUACUUCAACCAUUAUUAACUGUCUUUUCUCCAUACGGGACAGCGCUUUAUACACCAGGCAAAUAACGAGCGACACCACGAAGCGUUGUCGUCAGCAAUUUUUUAAUGAUUUUACUUAUUUGUGUACACGAGUAUAUACGAAGUAACAAAUAAGAUGCACAAGAAUAGGCGUUACAUAAACGGUAUUCUUGCGUGCUAAGUGCCUCAUUCCGUCUUUCGUGGGCUAAAACAGUUGUCAAGAUGCAUGCAUAAAAGCGCGUUGUUUUUCAGUAAAAUGGACGGUUUUGCGAUUGUCCUGAGGGUCAAUAAUCAAAUGAAUAUUUAUUGUCUUUCUCCACAGCUGUUUACACUCUUUACAAAUUAUUCCGGGAUCUUAUAGAAUAGGAAGAGAGCUACUGUCGCGUCAGUGAACGCCGAAGUGACUACAGGGACCUUCGGAAUCAUUUUAUAUUGCCGACUGAACUGGUUGGCGCUUUGUUUUCAUGGACUUUGUCUUCCUGUCCUCCUUGUUUCGUACGGGCAGUUCCUUGUCCAGAGAGCCGGAAUUAGCGGAUCAGAGCGUGCACAUGUGUUAUUUUUACGCACAAAGGUGCAAGCUGCAGACAAGCAUGUAGCUGUUCUGGAGGGUUUUCAAACGACAAGCUGAUGAAUUGCGUUCGCUACACUUGGCAGUUGCCGGAACAUUUCUUCCCGCCCUCUGGUAGUGACCAAAAAGCAGAGAUAUGUCAUUUAGCCGCGAUAAAAAACUCGUGUAGAUAGUACAGUUUCAUAGUGAGAGUAGCGGGGUGCUACUGGCAGGAGCGUUUGUGUGGGUCGUCGAUGGGGAUACAAAGCUAGCAUAGAAUCACUGCGUGUGUACCUAUGCGCCUAAAUUAAGCUAAUGCGUUUUCGAACCCCUUUGUCUAUUUACUUCCUGGGGUGCUUAUACGACUGGAAAUAGAAUAAUUGUGCGUUUUGUUUAUCUAACUUUAGUAACAUUAAAGAUGAUCCAAACAUAAAACAAAGGAUUUCAUAUGGUGUAUGUUACAAGCGAUAUGCACAUGAAGCGUCAUGAAUCAAGUGUCGCAAUGAAUUUAGUGCUGACAUUUGCGCAAUGAUAUAACUUGUUGUGGUUGCAAAACGGUUAGCUAUUCCAAAGACACUUACGCUUGAAUUGUGAACGACAGUUUUGCUAAAUUGUUUAAAAAGUGCAUGUCGUACCCACGAUUGCUUGGUGGUUGUACACUUACAAAGGUCAUGUUACUCUAGCAAUGUUAUAUAAAUCUCUACGUCGAAAGAAAGAUCGGAUAUUCAGCUCAGUUUCACAUGUUGCCAUCGUGCUUCUCUGUUCGUGAAUUCGGCUUGGCAUAUAACUUAGUGUCACCCUCCAAGUACAGAGCGAGUCAAGGAAGACACAGUAAUAACGAGGCAGGUUUCAGGGCGUUCCGUCCGGUCUCGCGCCUUAUCUUGUGAAACACGUAGUUGUUGGACCUAUCGGUGCAUGUCUUUUUUUUUAAAUCCGGAAUUGUAGAGCAGCUAAAGAGCAGGCAUUACAGAACCAACAUAUAUAGGUUGUGUGCCUGUCCAUGUUGGUUCUGUUGUGCGUGAUCUUUUGCUGCGCCACAAUUCCGAUAAAAAAAAUACUUACACCGUCUUCGCCUGUGUGAGCUGUGCAUAGUUUUCACUUUCCGGCUCAAAAUUGCACAGGGAAGGAAGAACACGCGAGUCGAGAGCUCACUAAAAAAUUAAUGCUUCUUUUGAAAAAAAAAUCGCUUAAUGGUAACAACAAUAGCCCGAAACGCACACUUAUACUGCGCACAAGUUCUUGCAAAAGGGGGGCUUACGUCGCUUACAAGGGCAUAAAAGAACGUUAUUCAGUAUUUGCGGAACAUUUUUCAGAAGAUAAGCGUGGUCAGCGAACUUGGACAGAAGGACAAAAAUACUCUUUUAAAUAACAUCCGCGCAAAGCAAGUGCGUCUGACAGUGUUAUUGUUGUUCGCUUUAAAUUUGCGUUCAAAAUAAACGUUGUGUUCAUGGUGAGCGGUCGUGUCGUAAUGUACCGCUUAGGUGCCUGUCUGAUUUUCGCAUUGACAAGCCACACACGUGCCAACUCGCUACCUUGCCCUAAGUAUUUCAAAUGUCUCACUGACUAUCCCGAAGAAAGGUGUCAGUUUCUGAUGUAGUGCAAUGAACAAUGUGGGCUUUAAGCUGUGGAAAAGCUAAGUUACGACACGAAAUCAAUCUUCUAGCUCGCGUGUAUUUGUGGUCUGCAAGUCAUGCAUGAAGCUGGUGGUGCAGGAAAGCCGUACUGCAGGACGUCCCAAAGCACCUUUUUAUUGCAUUUAUGGUAUAGUUGUUAUUGCUUGUAUACGCGUAGCGAGUGUAUUAUUGCGUAAUUGAGAUAUUACACAGGCUCGAUAGACCAAAAAAAUGCUCAACGGCAACGUACUGAAUCAACCUGCAAAUGAGUGUGUAACGACGUCUAGUCUAAGAGUGCAUUUAUGGCGUUGUAAUCCAAACGCGACCCUUAUUGUUCGUUGGUGCAUAUAUAUAUAUAUAUAUACAUAUAUACGUGACCCUACAGCUAACUAAGCUUUAGGCGACUAGGUACCACAGUAUAGAUAAUCGUUCUGAUCCUGUCACCAUAGCUUCCGUAAGAUUUUUUGAAGCGGAUGAACUUGGCGUAUAAAAGAGCGAUAUGCACUAGCCUAAUGUGACUUCCUUUUUCCAAAACAAACCACGCAUUUAGCACCGUAAACACAUUUUAAUGACAAGGUAAGGUUUCCUCCUCACACAACGGUAGGCUCUCAGUUGGACAUGAUCUACCUUCAUCUGCCAAACUUUUGACCCAGGCGAAUCUGGCACAACGUAAAGUUACACGAGGACUGUGCGCAAAGAGCGCGACAGCAUUUGAUAGAAAACUGUUAUUCCCUAAGCUUCGGCAAUCAGCUGUUGUUUGCACGCGUCACCACUGCGAAGAUUUAAACCACAACGAGCCUGUUUUUUUUUUCUCGCGGCUCGGUGUUAUGACAUAGGAAAGAGAAGGCGCUAUCACUCUGAGUUGAGUCCUGUUCGUAUAUGUAUGCCGCUGCUUUUUGUGGCGCAAGCGGAGAUUGCUGUGGCAGCUUUAUUACUUUAGUCCUCAAAUCGUUCGGGGAUCCGCAAAGCUUCACAUUGGGAACGAGCAUAGCGUGUAUGAAAGUGCUAAGCACUGAAAAUAAGAUUAAUUGUUGUUUAUGUCGUUAACACGAGCGUCUUCGGUUAGCGUUCGCUUUCUGGCGACACAUGGCCCAGUGAUUCCAUGAACGCUUUGCCCGUACGUGCUCGCCCUAUCUGCUCUCAGCCCAGAACGAUAAGUGGCACCGCAGCUCACGCGUUCGAGGAACUCAUUGCUUGGAUUUUCCAGCGUAAAUGACCUGCUCCCUCUGUGGGCUGUCGUGCCUUGAAGAAGACAAGUCCACUUGUCGUAAUGUUGGCUCUUGCUUUCACCUUGUUCUCGUUUUGCUCAUGGUGUUGAAUUUCCAUCUCCCGCCUUCCCCGUGUUUUCCAAACAUGAAUAGUGUAUCACAAGAUUAUGCAAGCAUCUGGCAGCGUGUUGGUGAAAUACAUCAUUGUUACACCUUGAUACAUUUUCGUAGGCUUCCAGCUUCGUUUGGCGUCUUUGGUAGAGAAAAAAUGAAUGUAUGUAUUUUUAGUACUUAUGCAAGCAAAGGUAGUCCAGCCUCCCUAGUGAAACUUCGCCAAUUGAAGUCUGCUGGCGAUCCUCCAUUUGCUACGCGGGUAACAUAACCCUGUUAGCCUAGUCCCUUAAGAAAGGGUUUCGUAGGAGUAUCAAUCGCUUUCACACUCAUCGCCGUAGCAUUGUGGCCUAUUUCGAUAUCACCUGUGCGAAAUUGUGGCAUGGCAAAAUAUGUGCCAUGAUUUCUGGGUAGUUCUCUAGCGCCGAAAAACCACACUAGGUAAAUUUUUAUAUGGGGGAACGAGAUCUAAGUUGAUGAAGAAGGAAUAGAUUUCUACCCUCUGGUAGCGCGUUAUGAAUUCAUAUGUGUGAGCUGCUGUUCGUCGCCAGCUGUAAGCAAGUGCAGAGCCCCUGAGAUCCUUAACAAUACCGUGCAAGCGGCGACCGCACGUCAUGUAGAUGCUGUCUAAUGGCGAGAAGCAACUAGAAUGACUAUAGCCUGUGCAAAACGAUGGGCGAAACGAGAACAAGGCGAAAGCAGAAACCAACGUUUCGACAAGUGGACUUGUCUCCUUCAAGGCGACAUAUGCUUUCCUAGCAACAGUAUACAGAAAUUGUUUUCUUCUAAAAGGGAGAGGGCGCGUGCAUGCGGCAACGAGCGAAGGUGUAUUAGCGGCGAGGGUGUAGAAUUGAGAAUAAAGGAGUGCUCGGCACAAGGCCAGGGACACGGCCGUCUGUCAAUCACGUGUCAGCGCCCGUGUGUGAGCGGGCGUGUCAACUGCGAGCACAGCAGCCCUCUAGUACCUGUUUCGCUGGUGGUCGGGGGCUAUCGUGUCUCUGAAAAAGACAAUAGAAAGCGCGGCAGAAACCGGUGCUCGGGAAAAAAAAAUUCUGAAAUGGAAUAAAUAAAUAAGUAAAAGGAAAAAAGGAAGGAAGAAGAAAAAAAGAA